AUGUCUAAUGCAAAAGAAAGAAAACAUGCUAAGAAAAUGAGAAACCAGCCCACUAAUGUGACUUUAUCCUCUGGCUUUUUGGCUGAGAGAAGUGUGAAGUACCCUAAUGGAGGGGGUAAACCUUUCCAAACUCAAAAACAAGAGCCUCAUUCUGGAACUUCAAGACAGCGGCAAACCAAGAUGGCCUCCCAUUCACUAUCUGAGCCUGAUGUGAAUGAGCAGUCUUCUUCAAAAAACAUGUUUAAAAAGAAGGGAGGCUGGAAAGCAGGUCCUGAGGGCACCUCUCAGGAGAUUCCCAAGUAUAUAACGGCUUCCACUUUUGCUCAAGCACGAGCUGCUGAAAUCAGUGCUAUGUUGAAAGCUGUGACUCAGAAGGCUUCUAACUCACUGGUGUUCCAGACUCUGCCACGCCACAUGCGGCGAAGAGCCAUGAGCCACAGCGUCAAACGCCUCCCCAGACGGUUACAGGAGGCGGCCCAGAGAGAGGCAGAGAAGGCUGUACAUCAGAAAAAAGAACAUUCCAAAAAUAAAUGCCACAAAGCUCGAAGAUGUCACAUAAACCGAAUUUUAGAAUUUAACCGUAGACAAAAGAAGAACAUAUGGUUAGAAACUCACAUCUGGCAUGCCAAGCGGUUUCACAUGGUAAAGAAGUGGGGCUACUGCCUCGGAGAGAGGCCAACAGUGAAGAGCCACAGAGCCUGCUACCGAGCCAUGACAAACCUUUGCCUCCUUCAGGAUUUAUCCUACUACUGUUGUUUGGAGUUGAAGGGCAAAGAGGAAGAAAUACUAAAGGCACUUUCUCAGAUGUGUAGCCCGGACACAGGUCUGACAUUUGCUGCAGUUCACUGCUUGUCUGGAAAGCGGCAAGGGAGCCUCAUGCUUUACCGGGCAAAUAAGUAUCCCAGAGAAAUGCUUGGGCCUGUUACGUUUAUUUGGAAGUCUGAGAGGACCCCCGGUGAUCCUUGUGAGAGCAGGCAGUUGUGGAUCUGGCUUCACCCAGCUCUUAAACGGGAUAUCUUAGAGGAAAUAAAAACAGUAUGCCUGUGUCUGGAACCCAAAUCAAAUGCCUGCAUACCUAACCCACUUCUGACACCAUCUCAAGAAAUAAAACAAACUGAACUGGCUGAUGAGAAAAUUGGCAAGAAAAGAAAAAGGAAAGAUGAUGGGGAAAAUGCUAGACCAAUUAAAAAGGUUAUCGGUGAUGGAACUAGAGAUCCAUGUCAACCAUAUUCUUGGCUCUCUGUAACCACGGGCAUCAUAAUCAGUGACUUGACGAUGGAGAUGAACAGAUUCCGGCUGAUUGGUCCCCUUUCGCACUCCAUCUUAACUGAGGCUCUGAAAGCUGCUUCUGUCCACAUUGGGGAAGAGGACACAGAAAAGAUACCUCAUCGGUGGUGGAUAGACACCUGUAAGAACCCUGAUAGUGUUUCCCUUCAUCGAAGACAAGAAACUGUGCUGGACUUGUUGGGAGGGAUAACAUCACCAGCAGAAAUUCCUGCAGGUACUAUUCUGGGAUUGACAGUAGGGGAUCCUCGAAUAAAUUUGCCUCAAAAGCGGUCCAAAGCUUUAUCCAACCCAGAAAAAUGCCGAGAUGAUGAGAAAGUUAAACAUCUGCUCCUGGAAGGUGUGCCUGUGGAAUGUACACAUAGCUUUAUCUGGAACCAAGAUAUCUGUAAGAGUGUCACAGAGAAUAAAAUCUCAGAUCAGGAUUUAAACCGGAUGAGAAGUGAAUUGCUGGUGCCUGGAUCACAGCUUGUUUUAGGUCCCCAGGAAUCCAAGAUACCUAUACUUUUGAUUCAACAGCCAGGAAAAGUGACUGGUGACGACCGAUUGGGCUGGGGAAGUGGCUGGGAUGUCCUGCUCCCAAAGGGCUGGGGGAUGGCUUUCUGGAUUCCAUUGGUCUAUCGAGGUGCAAGAGUUGGAGGGUUAAAAGAGGCUGCCAUGCACUCACAGUAUAAAAGGACACCUAGCAUCCCAGGAGAUUUCCCAGACUGUCCUGCGGGGUCUCUGUUUGCUGAAGAGCAAGCUGAGAAUUCUCUUGAAAAGUAUAAACGACGCCCUCCUGCCAAACGGCCCAACUAUGUUAAGCUUGGCACUCUGGCACCUUUCUGCUGUCCCUGGGAGCAGUUAACUCAGGACUGGGAGUCCAGAGUCCAGGUCCAAGGUGCAUCUCCUGGAGCCUUAGCUCCAAGUGUUGAGGAAAGUGACCCAAGAAGGCACGAGGUGCCCCAUGCGGUCAUGCCUGAGAAAACUCAUCAGCCAUCUGAUGAAGCGGGCUUAUCUGCAAAUGACCCCAGGGAGCCAGAGGUCAUGGAUACAGAGUGUCAAGACCAGGCAGAGAAGGUUCCGGACCAGGGUGCCAGUGAGAACCACAUUGCUGCCACUGGGAGUCAACUCUGUGUUCUUAGGAGUAGAAAGUUACUGAAGCAGCUGUCAGCCUGGUGUGGAUCCAGUUUUGAGGACUGUCGGGCAGCCCGGCAGGCUUCCAGCAGAGGGCAGCAAGAAUUGACCAGAGAGGCCUGCCUUUCCAUCCUGGACCACUUCCCCAGGGCCUUGGUGUGGGUCAGCCUGUCUGUGCUGAGGAAGGGCAGCCCUGAGCCACACACCAUGAUCUGUGUCCCAACGGAGGAGGACUUGCUCCAGCUUAGCCGGGAUCACCACUACUGUGGGCCCCAGGAGUCCAGACACAGCGACCCAUUCAAGAGCAUGAUCCUGAAACAGAAAGAAAAGAAGAAGAUGGAGAAGAAGAAGAGCCAAGGACAUGCUGCUUCCGAGGGCCUAGCAGUUGGAGCUCUUGUGGCUGAGCAGGAAGCUCUGACUCCAGGGCUGUGGUCAGGCCCCCUUCUGGGUGUGACCUCACACUGCUCCAGAGUCCUCCUCGGCUUCGUCACUCAGGGAGAUUUCUCCAUGGCUGUCGGCUGUGGAGAAGCUCUGGGCUUUGUGAGUGUGACAGGCCUGCUGGUUAUGCUGUCUAGCCAGCCAGCAGCCACAAGGGGCGUGGUGCUGCUGAGGCCACCUGCCUCCCUGCAGUAUCGAUUUGCAAAAAUCGCCAUUGAGGUGUGAGUGUGGGUUCACUGCCUCGCCACGCAUAGAUCAUGGUUUUGUUUGCCAGGUUCCACAGUGGGCGAGUCUGCUUUCCCUGUCUCCUGUUUCGAAAUAUCACAUGAA